GCUAAUGGCGGCGGAAACUCAACUCUGUGACAGCAGUGUUAGCUCUGUUAGCUAACUAAUAAUAAAAAGUUGAAUUUUUUUAUUAAAAGUCGGGAAUAAAGAGCGCUUUACCUCAUAAUUUUCAGAAACAAACCGUUCGGGUGCAGGUAUUUUAGUAGUGUGUGUGUGUGUGUGUGUGUGUGUGAGCGCAGUGUGACCGAUGACUCGGCCUCUGUUCGGUGGUGCCAUGUCCGCUGUCCUCCCCCUCAACACCAAAGACAUCAGUGAGUUGAGGGAGAUUCCUGAUAAUCAGGAGGUUUUUGCUCACACACACACAGAUCAGAGCAUCAUCAUAGAGCUGCUCGAGUAUCAGAGUCAUGUGGAGGAUUCACAGGCCGCCAGGUAUCACUUUGAGGAUAUAGCGGGCAGUAAUAAGGCGAUGGAUGCGGGGCAGAUGGAGGUGAUGGAGGUGCAGUGUGUCCCUCAGGCUCAGCUCUCUCUCAGCCAGUGCUGCUCGGCCUGGAGCCUCACCGGAGCUCAACUCAUCUCCAAAUUCAAUGAGGAGGCCAAAAACAUAGUGAAUAUCCACCUGUGUUUAUUCCGUCUGCCGCAGUACAGCACUGACAUCCUGAUCACCUUCAACGACCCGGUCAGCAUCAGUUCUCUCAGCAGUAGCAGUAGUGCGGUUGCUGAUGGUGUUUGGACGGUGCAGGACUUUCACACACUUGUUCAGUCUUUCCAGCUGCUCGACCCUGGAGUGUUUGGAUAAGACACACACACAGACACACACACACACACACACACACAUCUCUGAAGUGUAAAUAAAUGUGUUAUCCACUUCAUGUUUGCUACAUUUUUGUUUGGAAUGUGUGAGAUGACAGUGUGUGUGUGUGUGUGUGUGUGUGUGUGUGUCAAUCAUGUUUAUUUGUACGUGACCACUUUUUAAAAAAUCACAUAAAGAAACUAAAAACCUUAAAUUUGAUUUUGUGCCAGUAUAAAUGUUUCACAACUUUAAUGGGAUUUUAGGAAAACAAUCAGAACAAUCAUAGGUCUUUGUGCUUACCCAAAUAUUCCUGCAGCCAUGUGUGUGUGUGUGUGUGUGUGUGUGUGUGUGUGUGUGUGUGUGUGAUCAGUGUGUGAUUGUGUUUGUGUGAUUGUGUGUGUGUGUGAUCAGUUUGUGUGUUUGUGUUAUCAGUGUGUGAUUGUGUGUGUGUGUGUGAUCAGUGUGUGUGUGUGUGUGAUUGUGUGUGAUUGUGUGUGUGUGAUUGUGUGUGUGAUUGUGUGUGUGUGUGUGUGUGAGUGAUCAGUGUGUGUGUGAUCAGUGUGUGUGUGAUUGUGUGUGUGUGUGUGUGAUCAGUGUGUGAUUGUGUGAUUGUGUGUGUGUGAUUGUGUGUGUGUGUGAUUGUGUGUGUGUGUGUGUGAUUGUGUGUGAUUGUGUGUGUGUGUGUGAUCAGUGUGUGUGUGAUUAGUGUGUGUGUGAUUGUGUGUGUGUGUGUGAUCAGUGUGUGAUUGUUUGAUUGUGUGUGUGUGUGUGAUUGUGUGAUUGUGUGUGUGUGAUUGUGUGUGUGUGUGAUCAGUGUGUGAUUGUGUGUGUGUGUGAUUGUGUGUGUGUGAUUGUGUGUGAUUGUGUGUGUGUGAUUGUGUGUGAUUGUGUGUGUGUGUGAUCAGUGUGUGAUUGUGUGUGUGUGUGUGUGAUCAGUGUGUGUGUGAUUAGUGUGUGUGAUUGUGUGUGUGUGUGAUCAGUGUGUGAUUGUGUGAUUGUGUGUGUGUGUGAUUGUGUGUGUGUGUGAUCAGUGUGUGAUUGUGUGUGUGAUUGUGUGUGAUUGUGUGUGUGUGAUUGUGCGUGUGUGAUUGUGUGUGUGUGAUUGUGUGUGAUUGUGUGUGUGUGUGAUCAGUGUGUGAUUGUGUGUGUGUGAUUGUGUGUGAUUGUGUGUGUGUGAUUGUGUGUGAUUGUGUGUGUGUGUGAUUGUGUGUGUGUGUGAUUGUGUGUGUGUGAUUGUGUGUGAUUGUGCGUGUGUGAUUGUGCGUGUGUGAUUGUGUGUGUGUGAUUGUGUGUGAUUGUGUGUGUGUGAUCAGUGUGUGAUUGUGUGUGUGUGAUUGUGUGUGAUUGUGUGUGUGUGAUUGUGUGUGUGUGUGAUCAGUGUGUGAUUGUGUGUGUGUGAUUGUGUGUGUGAUUGUGUGUGAUUGUGUGAUUGUGUGUGAUUGUGUGUGUGUGAUUGUGUGUGUGUGUGAUCAGUGUGUGUGUGAUUGUGUGUGAUUGUGUGUGAUUGUGUGUGAUUGUGUGUGUGUGAUUGUGUGUGAUUGUGUGUGUGUGAUUGUGUGUGUGUGUGAUUGUGUGUGAUUGUGUGUGUGUGAUCAGUGUGUGUGUGAUCAGUGUGUGAUUGUGUGUGAUUGUGUGUGUGUGAUUGUGUGUGUGUGUGAUCAGUGUGUGUGUGAUUGUGUGUGAUUGUGUGUGUGUGAUUGUGUGUGAUUGUGUGUGUGUGAUUGUGUGUGUGUGUGAUUGUGUGUGAUUGUGUGUGUGUGAUCAGUGUGUGUGUGAUCAGUGUGUGUGUGAUUAGUGUGUGUGUGAUUGUGUGUGUGUGUGAUCAGUGUGUGAUUGUGUGUGUGUGUGAUUGUGUGUGUGUGUGAUCAGUGUGUGAUUGUGUGUGUGUGAUUGUGUGUGUGUGAUCAGUGUGUGAUUGUGUGUGUGUGAUUGUGUGUGAUUGUGUGUGUGUGAUUGUGUGUGUGUGUGAUCAGUGUGUGAUUGUGUGUGUGUGAUUGUGUGUGUGUGAUUGUGUGUGUGUGUGAUCACUGUGUGUGUGAUUGUGUGUGAUUGUGUGUGUGUGAUUGUGUGUGUGUGUGAUCAGUGUGUGAUUGUGUGUGUGUGAUUGUGUGUGUGUGAUUGUGUGUGUGUGAUCACUGUGUGUGUGAUUGUGUGUGAUUGUGUGUGUGUGAUUGUGUGUGAUUGUGUGUGUGUGUGAUUGUGUGUGUGUGAUUGUGUGUGUGUGAUUGUGUGUGUGUGUGAUCACUGUGUGUGUGAUUGUGUGUGAUUGUGUGUGUGUGAUUGUGUGUGAUUGUGAUUGUGUGUGAUUGUGUGUGUGUGUGAUUGUGUGUGUGUGAUCAGUGUGUGAUUGUGUGUGUGUGAUCAGUGUGUGAUUGUGUGUGUGUGUGUGUGUAGAAUUUGUUGGAUUAUUUUGUAUUUUGUAAAAAAAUGAUGUUGUAAUAAAAGGCCAUGUAAAGAGUUUGUUUUGAAAGAACAGAGAAUAAAUCACACGCAGGUGUUUUUACAAACA